AUGGAAGCCUGGCCAACAGUGGCCUGUGUCCUGCUAAUGACCAACAUUGCUGACUGGCUGAAAACUGUCCAGUCACGGGACUUCACCAUGACGGACAUCAUCCUGCUGCAUCCCUCAACUACACCUCAUCCUGGCGGCUUCAAGUGCUUCACGUGUCAAGACGCUGCAGAUAACUAUGAGUGUAAUCGCUGGGCACCGGACGUUUACUGUCCAAAAGAUGCCAGAUACUGUUACACACUCCACAUGAUGGAUAACCAUGGAGAAAGUGUGUCUGUGACCAAGCGUUGUGUGACCCUGGAGGACUGUCUGUUUACUGGCUGUGCUGAUGUCACUGAUAAUGGCUAUCAGGUGUGCUCGUCUUGCUGUGAGGGGAACAUCUGUAACGUGUUGGUGCCGAGAAAUAAGAGCAGCGCCAUUUUCUCCUCGAUUUCUCCUCUGGCCAGCUCGAGCAGAAGGCUUCUUCCUGCAACGCUGAGCUACAUCAUCAUCAUCAUCAUCGGCAUCUUCACAGCUGGACAUGUUUGA